AGUCCAUGGUGCAGUGCCUGCAGUGGUGCCCAAAAAUCUCCCUGGCUGUCCUGCUAGGUGUGAGGAUGCAAACCAGCACGAUGUAGGGACAAAGGUCUGAUGCCCACUUGGUGACAUCAUUUGCUGGUGUUGUUUCUGAGUAGGCUGGGCUCCUUUGCAAGAUGUGUGUUGCUAGUUAACCUGUAACUGGGCAAGCUGUUAAAAAUCAGCUAUUGAGAUUUAAUUGUCAUACUCAGUUCUUAGAACUGACUUAUUUGACUGUGGAUAUGUAAGAAAAGACUGAACUAUUCUGAAAACAAUACAAGCUACACAGAAUUUAUGUUCUGCUUUGGAGCCAAAACCAAACCCUGCUGUUAAGGUCUUAUUUGGAGGAGGGAAAGAUCUUACCCAGUACAGAAGGUGUUGAUGGUGUUUUGGAAAUAUUUGCUGUGUCUCAGGGGAUUGUAGGAAUACGAGGAGUUUUCAGCAACAAAUUUUUAGCGAUGUCAAAAAAAGGAAAACUCCAUGCAAGUGAGCGGUUCACGGCGGACUGCCAGUUUCGGGAGCGCUUCCAGGAGAACAGCUACAACACCUACGCCUCGGCCGUGCACCGCAGCCCCCGCUCGGGCCGCCAGUGGUACGUGGCGCUCAACAAGCGGGGCAAAGCCAAGCGGGGCUGCAGCCCCCGCGCCCGGCCCCAGCACGUCUCCACGCACUUCCUGCCCCGCUUUCGGCAGCCCCAGCCUCCGGAGCUCGCCUUCACCGUCACCCUCCCUGAAAAGAAGCCCCCGCCGCCGCCAAAGCCGAAGGUCGCCCCAUCUCCGCCCCGGAAGAACCCCGGCCCCGUCAAGUAUCGACUGAAGUUUCGGUUCGGGUAGCGCCCAGUGGCGGGGCUGCCAGCGUGGGCGGGAGGGCGCCUGGGAGCUUUGGGGGCUGACUCCGUGGAGACCGACAUCCCUGCUUCCCAGACAGAUGUGGAUGCUCCAGGUAGCUGUGUUGGGCCCAGGGUCUUCUCUUCACCCCGCAAACUGGACAGCAUCCUCAGAGGUGCGUGCUGGGAUGACAGACCUCGGGCUUUCCGCAGCGCUGAACUGAGGUGAACUGAAAACACUCGAUGGACCUCGGGUUAAUUUUCUGUUGUUGAAAGAAGCAGAAAGGAACCUCUAUGGUGAACAUAUUUUCUUACCUUAUUUUCACUAGUGACUCUUUUGACAAUCAUUUUCAUACAAGACACAUGUUCAGAGCCAAAAUUUUAAGUGCUUUCCUUCCCUCCUGCCACAUUUUUUCGUUUGUUUGUUUAUUUGGUGGUGGUUGUUGUUUGUUUUGUUUGUGUGUCUCCUUUCUGGUGCACAUUUUUCCUCUGACCAUACCUCAGAUACCACGUAUCCAGGUCUGUCCCUCCUCCUUCUCUUACAAACCAGCUUCUCUCUGCCACCACAAAACCAAGACCAAGCCAAACAAAUCAAUUCACUUACCUGUGGUGCAAGGCAGUCUUAAAAGUCUUUGUUGGCAAUAAUAUAUGUGUGGGGUUUUUUGUUGUUGUUGUUCUGUUUUAAGGGUUGCAGGCUUGGGGAGGGCUGCCUUUUACAACCCUACUCCUGGUGGUCCCUCCUGCUCUUCCCCAGACAGAGGAACAAGUCUUCUCCCAUCCCUCAAAGUACGGCUUCGAUGUCUGUGUUUAAAAUACCUCUGCCAAGCUCCGUGGCAUUUCUGCUGAUGUGGACAGAGAGCUGUGCCAAAAGCUGUCCCUGGGAGGUGGCUGAGGCAAGCCCCUCUGCACCCCUGCUCCACAGGGAUGGGAGUGCCUUUGGUCCCCGGGUGCUCCCUGGUUCCUUCUGACAGUUUGUGCUGCUGAUUUGUCAUUGUUACAACACAGAGAGGGGGACUGAGCAUGGUGACAUGGCAAUAAAUGCUGUUACAGCUCCUUCUACCUUCCCAAGUGUUUUUUCCCACACAGGUUGCCCUACAGCCCCCACUGCCAAGCUGUUCUCCAUGGUGGUGUCACCGGUGGAGCAGUUGCAUCUAUGGAGUUUGUCAUUGGUGGCUGUCUGUGUUGCACACAUACAGAUAACAGUAGUGCUGAACCUCACCAGUUAUGCCUUAAUAUGAGCCCAUGUGGGCAUGAUUUAGCAAUGCCCCUGCCCUUCCCUGAGCCCUGCCAGUGUGGAGCAGCAAUAAUGAGGGUGGGCAGCACUGCUGGAGCCUCUUCUCCAGCUCUAGUCACAGCACAAAUGGCUGUUCCAAUUGAGUUUUAGUUCCUUAUCUCUCAUCCUCCUGAGCAGCCCCUAACUGGAUUCUUCCAUUCCAGUGGCAGCAAAGGAACAAGGGCACAUGCUCCACAUGUGAGUACGGAUAGGGACACCAGAAUAAAGUAUGACUGUGCUUCAUUGUAA